AUGCAGUCAUAUCACUUAUUGGCUUAAUUGAGAAUCGAGAAACCAACAUAAAAAUCAAAAUUUUUAAAGAUCCUCCAAGAUCAUCAAAUAAUUGAUUGUUCCAAAAGUUAAAUUGAUUUGGCUUGGGAACAUUGCUUGCACAAGGAAUACUAAUAAGUUGUUUAAGAUCUAUUGUUUAAAAAAGUCAGAAGCAUCUCACUAAAGCCUGGGAAGAUCUAAUAAAAACUUAAAACACUUGUCUAAACUUUUGAUAAGAUAGAUGAAUUACGUUUGAUUAAUGGAAUUUAGAAAUAACAAGUGUAAAGGAGAGUUUGUUCUGAUAAAGAAAUUUUGAAAUAAAUUACUGAGCUAAGAUUGGAUGCUGAACGAAAACUAAAAGAUUUCAUCAAUGAAACAGCUCAAGAUUAAAAUUUUACAUAAGUUUUCCAUUAAAAGCUCAUUGAUUUUCAAGAAGAGAGAAAUAAAUUGAAUGAGAUACAAGGAAAAGAGGGAAGUCAAAGAGCGAAGGAGAGGUUGUAAAAGAGAUAGAAAAUAAAGUCAGCCAGACUAAAUUAAUCAAUUUAAUUUAUAUUGAUGAAUGAUGAUAAUAAAGAUAGAGCGUAAAAGAUAUGCAACAAAUUACUUGAUAAUUAAAUUCCUUAUUACAAAUCGCAAUUGAGCGAAAAAUAGCAAACAAGAAUAUAUACUAUUAUGAAUACUAAGUUUGUAUUUUGA